AGGAGAAAAGACUAGGGGGAGAAAUGUCCAAGGGGGAGAAAAGACCGUACACCAUUUGGGGGCAGAUAUUUCUGAUUUUCAAAGACGCUCAUUUUGGCCUCCAGAAUUGUAGAGUUAUGGCCCUUGUGAUUGAAUCAUAAAGUAAACCAUUAAGUUAUUUCGUUUCUGUUUGUAAUGCUGUAGCAUUCAUCUUCAAUAGCAUUUAUGUAAAUGCUUGCAGUAAUGGUAUCAAAAUUUCGUCCAAUUUUAAAAAACAGCAAGUCAAAUAUAUUGAGAAAGUCAAAUAUGUGUAUAUCUCUGCACAACAAAGUUGUACAGUGGGGGGUGUGGCACACAGGUUUCAGUUUAUGCAGCCGACGCAUUUCCCCACGCCGCAGCUUUUGACCCAGGGGUCAGAUCAAAAUUCCAAAUAGUGCACUGUCGCACAUAUGCUCAUAGCUACCAUGUGUUUAAGUUUCAAGGUUUUAGUGCUAAUAGUGUAGGAGGAGAUAGUGGCCAGGACGGACGGACAGAUGCAGGCUUUCUACUGGUCCUUACUUUUCCCUACUCGUUUUUCUUAACCCUACUUUUUUCAAAAAUAGCCCUAUUAUCCCUACUUUUUCAUUUUGUAAGUAAAAUAAAUAAAAUGUAAAAUGAAGGCUUACAUGAUUCUUCUUUAGAUAUUUUGCAGAAUUUCCAUCUAUUAUGAAUCUUUUGUAAUGAGUACAGUUCAGAUGUGUUUGGGGGGUCACCUUGUGAUGUCAAUCCUAGAAAGCACCAUGGUUCCUUGGCUACUCAGUACAGACAUACUAGUCUUAAGGUGCCUGUAUUUCAAGGAUGGGCAUUCUCACAGCAUCAGAUGGACUAGGAUAUGUAUCAAUUUAACAGUAAUUCCAGCUGAAAAAUGGUGUCAGACAAAGCAGUCUUGCCUGUGGAAGUGUAUGCUGUGAAGUUGACUGAGGAUGUUGCUGGUCAUUCAUGGGUCACCAAAUCCCAUAUCAAGGAGAUGCUAGAACUGGUUCAAGGUACGGUGCUGUCAUAUCUGGACUCGUACUCUGAGAAAAAGGCACCAGGCCCUAGCAAGGUCUUGAGCAAACCAUCGGAUAUAAUCACAGGCACCAGUGUUCGUGUGGGAUACAUGUUCAAGGACCGCCCCUCCCACCAGACUUGCCUUGCAGACGUUUGUCACCUGAUGGGAACAUCUCAUAAUGAGUGCAACACGCAGUUGCAGUCAUUGAGUGUCCUCAAACAGAAGUUGCUAAUAUAUGCACAUCCACUGACUGGAUGCUCACAGGGGACUUCACAGUUGUUGAAGGUGAUGCGUGAGAAACGUGAUUCUAUGGGAGGUUCAGGGGUCAGUAUCAGCAACUACUUCCAGAGGAUCCCCAGCAGUCAGACGGGCUCUCAGAGGGGGGCUAGCCAGGCAACAAAUGGGGCUGGGACAAAGGCUAGAGAACCUUCCAUGUCAAGGUCAAGUCAUCCUACAUCUGAGACUGUGGAGAGUGCCACAGAGACAAAGACCAUCCCCCAGGAACCUGCCAGUGAGGGGCGCAAGACACGCAUAAAAAAUAUCUUAGACAGAGGGAAAAUUGGAAAAAUGAAAAAGAAGAAAAGUAACACUACACCCACAACUUUGACAUGUAAAUCCAAUAAAGAAAUAAAUGAUAAUGGAAGUUUAAGCAACAAAGAUGCUGAUGCAGAUACUGAACAUUUGCCCCUUAAUGAACAAAAAUCUGACAUUGUCUCGUGCAGUGCUUCAAGCAAUUUUAAAAUAACACGAGUGUCGAGAAAUGCAAUGUAUUUGGACUGUAGUAUACCUGUGGACCCAAUAGUAACUGAAGUUAAAAAUGCUGACACAAUGUAUCAAACUGGUAUUACUGUGGAACCAGCUGAAAAGUUAAAUAAUGAUGUUUAUUCAGAUUCAAUGGCUGAUUCUGGGAACCAAUCGGAUUCAUCGAAUAGUUCUUUUGAACUGCCAUCAAUAAAUUUUCAAAAGAAGACAUCGGACAAUAUUUGUCUAAGUGAAAAAGUAGGAAAAGUAGAGACUGACAAAUUAGACAUUGACAAUAGACAGGCAGAUGAAUCUAGUUCUCCCAAGUUUAAUCAAAAAAGAAAAGUGGACCAACAUGAUAAAAAUGUAAUGAAUGAAGAGCAUUCCUCAAACAAAUACAACUCUGAGUCUAUGAAAAAGAAAAUCGAACCUGAGCAAGCUAUGGUAGGUAAAGGUCUGAGAAGAUUUGCUUUCAAGAAACGAAAGCUGCCCAAGUUUUCUGAAUCAGAUACUGACAGCAGCGUAUCACAGACAAAGAGAUCAAAAACAUUCGAUUCUAACUCAGGUGUAUCAACAAAAAAUCCAGAUUUUUCCAGUUCUGACUCUGAUGAAAAAGCCAACAGGGAUAAAAGCACACAAGCCAAACAGAAUUUGGAUAUUUAUAACAGAAGUCUUAAUAAACAAGUUCCAGAACAAAAACGACCUGCUAACAACUCAAGAUAUUCUGAUGAAAAAUUUCUAAAACUAAACCAAAUGGGACAAAACACAAAAAGGAUAAAAAUUUCAAAUUCAUUUUUCACUGAGAGUGCUACCAACCUCCAACCAACCCUGUCGUAUUUCAUGAAGAAUGGAAACAAAGAAAAUGUGAAUGUGACAGAAGAAAACAACAGUGGGGCUGAAAAUUCAGUUGAUAAUUCUGCAGACCUGGACUGUGAGCUCAUGAUGGAAAUGUGUGCAGUUCCAAGAAUUAAGAACGAGGCAGAUGUCACUCUGAGAGACGAGGUGAAACAAAUCAGCCACAUAGAGAAUUUAAAGGAGGAUCAUUUGCAGUACAUGGUGCGGAAUAAUGAGGUGUACCUACGUCAGAUAUUUGAAGGCAAGGUGCAUUGUGGGAGACACGAGGCUUACAAGAAGGGUGGAAUAAGCAGGCAGGACCUGAACUACAACUCACGUAUAGCUCGCUUUACAGACGAGCAAGUUGAGGCCGUGAUGGAAACUCUGCAGGCCUUGUUUUGCAAGCGACAUACCAAGUACCUGGACUACCUCAUCAAGGUCCUCUUGCCAGAGGUGCUGGUGAAGAUACACAUGGACAUCCACAAGACCAACCACGAGGAGAGCGAGAAACUGCUGGCCCACGCCUUCCAUCCCACACUGUAUCACACAUACACAUCUUGACAAGUAACACCCACACCUUUCAUCCCACAUUGUACCAAACAUAUAAAAUGAGACGCUGUUUAACCCACACUGUACCAUACCCACACUGUUUGAUGACUUCCAUCCCACACUGUACCACAACCACACUGUCUGAUGCCUUCCACCCCACACUGUACCACACCCACACUGUCUGAUGCCUUCCACCACACACUGUACCGCACCCACACUGUCUGAUGCCUUCCACUUCACACUGUACCACACCCAUACUGUCUGAUGCCUUCCACCCCACACUAUACAACACCCACAUUGUCUGGUGCCUUCCAUCCCACACUGUACCACACCCACAUUGUCUGAUGCCUUCCAUCCCACACCCACACUGUCUGAUGCCUUCCACCACACACUGUACCACACCCAUACUGUCUGAUGCCUUCCACCCCACACUAUACAACACCCACAUUGUCUGGUGCCUUCCAUCCCACACUGUACCACACCCACAUUGUCUGAUGCCUUCCAUCCCACACUGUACCACACCCACGCUGUCUGAUGCCUUUCAUCCCACACUGUACCACACCCACGCUGUCUGAUGACUUCACCCCAUACUGUGCCACACCCACAAUGUAUGAUGACUUCCACCCCACACUGUACCACACCCACACUGUACCACACCCACACUGUCUAAUGCCUUCCAUUCCACACUGUACCACACCCACACUGUCUGAUGCCUUCCAUCCCACACUGUACCACACCCACACUGUUUGAUGCCUUCCAUUCCACACUGUACCACACCCACACUGUCUGAUGCCUUCCAUCCCACACUGUACCACACCCACACUGUCUGAUGCCUUCCACUUCACACUGUACCACACCCAUACUGUCUGAUGCCUUCCACCUCAUACUAUACAACACCCACGUUGUCUGGUGCCUUCCAUCCCACACUGUACCACACCCACAUUGUCUGAUGCCUUCCAUCCCACACUGUACAACAACAACACUGUCUGAUGCCUUCCACCACACACUGUUCCACACCCGCACUGUCUGAUGCCUUCCACCCCACACUGUUCCACACCCACACUGUCUGAUGCCUUCCAUCCCACACUGUACCACAUCCACAUUGUCUGAUGCCUUCCACCCCACACUGUUUCACACCCACACUGUCUGAUGCAUUCCAUCCCACACUGUACCGCACCCACACUAUCUGAUGCCUUCCACUCCACUCUGUAUGAUGCCUUCUACCCCACACUGUAUGAUGACUUCCACCCCACACUGUACCACAGCCACACUGUCUGAUGCCUUCCAUCCCACACUGUUCCACACCCACACUGCCUGAUGCCUGACACCCCACACUGUACCACACCCAUACUGUCUGUUGCCUGACAUCCAACACUGUACCACACCCACACUGUACCACACCCACACUGCACCACACCCCCACUGUAUGAUGCCUUCCACCCCACACUGUACCACACCCACACUGCCUGAUGCCUGACAUCCCACACUGUACCACACCCACAAUGUCUAAUUCCUUUCAUCCCACACUGUACCACACCCACACUGUACCACACCCACACUACCACACCCACGCUGUCUGAUGACUUCACUCCAUACUGUACCACACCCACACUGUAUGAUGACUUCCACCCCACACUGUACCACACCCACACUGCACCACACCACACUGUACCACAACCACACUGUAUGAUGACUUCCGCCCCACACUGUACCACACCCACACUUUCUGAUGCCUUCCAUCCCACCCUGUAUGAUGACUUCCACCCCACACUGUACCACACCCACACUGUCUGAUGCCUUCCAUCCCACACUGUACCACACCCCCACUGCCUGAUGCCUGACAUCCCACACUGUACCACACCCACACUGUACACACACUGUAUGAUGCCUUCCACCCCACACUGUACCACACCCACACUGUAUGAUGCCUUCCAUCUCACACUGUACCACACCCACACUGUCUGAUGCCUGAAAUCCCACACUGUACCACCCUCCCCCCACUGCCUGAUGCCUUCCACCCCACACUGUACCACACCCACACUGUACAACACCCACACUGUCUGAUGCCUUCCACCCCACACUGUACCACACCCACACUGUCUGAUGCCUUCCAUCGCACACUGUACCACAUCCCCACUGUCUGAUGCCUGACACCCCACACUGUACCACACCCACAUUGUCUGAUGACUUCCACCCCACACUGUACCACACCCACACUGUCUGAUGCCUUCCAUCGCACACUGUACCACACCCUCACUGUCUGAUGCCUUCCAUCCACACUGUACCACAUCUGCACUGUCUGAUGCCUUCCAUCCCACACUGUGACACACCCACACUGUCUGAUGCCUGACACCCCACACUGUACCACACCCACACUGUCCCAUAUGUGACGUCAUCUAUCACUACCAUGUUUUAGUUUACCAUAAAAGACAAUGUCGCUUUUUGCUAUUAGUAUACAUGUAGUCAAAAUUUACUUUGUAAACUUUCUAGAUGGUACAUUUAAAGCUGAAUUUUUUUUUAAUUUGCUCAUAAAAAUGUUCCAAACGAUAUCUGAAAUUAGUUGGUGAUACUUGGUCUUGCCAAAAUCUAGGGCAGAGAAAAGAAAAGGAGUAGGAAAACUAGAGGCGUUAUUUAUUGCACAAUCACCCUGAACACAAAAUAGUGGCCAUAGUCAGUAUAUGUUUUAAAUAUGCACACUUUUUAUUUUCUAUAAUGUUUAGGCAAUUGAUGCAUUGAUGAGUUAAUAAGGUUUUGGUUUCAUCAGUUCAAGUGUCAUCAUAUUGACAAAUGGGGUUAUUCUUGAUAGCAUGAGGAUUCAAUGCAGUUGUUCAGACACUUGAUGACUUUAAUAAAUGUUCAUUACUUGAUUAGCACGUGAUUAAUAUGUUGAUUGUAACAAUAUGUACAUAGUUUAAUGUAACAUGCGUGUUUUUUUUGCUGAUUGUAACAAAAUGUAUAUUAUUGUAUGAUUGAUAUAAAAGUACCUAUGUGCUUUAUAUGAUAAUUGUAAUCAAUGUUCAUAUGUACUCUAUUCCAUGAUUGUAAUAAAUCUACAUAUGUACACUUUA